CAGCAGGCCUUCGUUUGAUUUGAGGUAAAAAGUGCGGUGCGUAGUGGUCCGUGGUGUGCCGCACGCGUUUCGGCUCGGCGUCGUUUGUGCCGCGCCCCGUCUGUGCCGCUGCCGUGGUUGUCGCGUACGUCGCCGUCCUCGUCGCCGCCGCUCACUUCAUCAUCGCUGUGGGUGCCGCCGCCACCGUGCCGCUGUUGCCGACUGCAUCCGUCGCCGUUUCGCCUCACUGUCGCCGCUGCCGAUGGACACCGAGGGUGAAUCGCGCGACCCCAUCAUCGACAACGUGAUCAAGGCCGGCGUGCUGCGCAAGGGCAAGAAGGGCAAGAAGCGUUUCUUCGUGCUACGCCAGGAGAUGUACUCAAGUCCUGCCCGUAUCGACUGCUAUGAGUCCGAAAAGCGCUUCCGCCUGCUGGCUGCACCCAAGCAAUCUGUCCUGCUCAAAUCCUGCUUUAACAUAAACAAGAAGCGCGGCGCUGCGCCGUCAUCGCCGCUGAGAUGUUGUUUACGUCACGCUGCCUCUACCUCUGCCGCCGCCGCCGACACGUCGCCGUCUCGCAAAAUAACAGCGUCCAGUCACACGGUGCAUGUUGGAAAUGUCAACACGCUUCCGCCGUGUCGCCGUCAUGCGACGGUCAAUGACGAAGAUGACGAAGUGCCGCCGCGCCGCGCCGCGCCGCAGUCACUAUGUCAAACGCCGCGUCGCACGGCGCAAUACCCGCACUGGGAGUUGGCGCGACGCAGUGGUACGACCGUCUGUGACAGCGCCACAGCGCCAGACAGGCGUCUUCGCUUCAUCUCCGUCACGUCCCCCAAGUACAUUAGGUUCGCCUGCAGCAAACACGAGGAACGAACGGUCCUUGUCUAUUGGUGUGCUUGCGGGUUUCGCCCUUGUCUCUUGCCCCUUCCCAGCGGUUCAGUGUUUGGCGGUUUGUUGUUGUCCUCGCGAAUUCCGUGCAAUCUGUAA